UGUGAGCUCGAGCUGUGAAAUCUGCAGCAGCAGCUCACAGUCAUCAAGGCGGACUUUGCCAUUUCCCACUAAUGUAGGGGGGAAGUAAGGGAUUGGAUGGAGAUUUCCUCUAUCUCCUCUGUGUCCCCCUCUUGAUUCGGCUCACAUGGUUCCUUCCACCUUCCAACCAAAGAACAGCGAGUUAUGCUCUCAACCACCGUAGCCCCCUUCCCCAACCCUUUCUCUCCAUCCCCUUCCUCUCUCUCUCUCUAUCUGCAAUAUCAAUGAGUGAAGUCUUGUUGUUGGGAUGACUGACUGACAGAUCCCAAACCUGAAGCUUCCCACAGCAGCUGACAGCUCCGCAAUUACAGCGGGAGGGGAGGAUCUCUCUCUCGCUCUCUCUCUCUCUGCCCACACAUCCACACUCCAAACGUCAGAUGCGGUGUUCAAGGGAGUGGGGCGCUGCGUGCAGGGCUAGACCAGUUCAUAUGUGGUGGUGACGGCUGGAGGCAUAGAGGACUAGCGGCUACACCUCUCUCUCUCUCUCUGUUUCUCUCUUAUUUCCGUCCUCCUCCUCUGCUUUCCUUCAGAGUCGUGGUGGCGGACGACUCAGCUUGAGCGUCUGCCUGCCCUCUGGCGGAAAGUCGCCCGCUUGGAAUCUACUGAAUCAAAUUAUUUUCAGCCCUUCGCCGGCGUUCAUAUCUUUGGGACUCUGGGGGGGAAUUUUUAAAAGGUGAUUUGGUGUCGGUUUUUCUGGAAGUAGGAGGUAGCGGGCUGACAUGGCACACGCUGCAGCCCACAUUAAGAAGGCCAGGGUGGAGCUGGUGGAGCAGCAAGGUCCUGACCUGAAGGCUCUGGAGAAAGCCCGCCAGAGGAGGAUUCGCUCCCGGGAACGGGCAGAGCGCAAACGCAAGUCGGAUAGCAACACCAGCUUCUUACGAGCGGCAAGGGCGGGGAACAUCGACAAGGUUCUAGAGUACCUGAAGGGGGGAGUGGACAUAGGCACCUGUAAUCAGAAUGGGCUCAACGCGUUGCACCUGGCAGCUAAGGAGGGCCACGUGGAGCUGGUCCAGGAGCUGCUGGAGAGAGGCUCAGCUGUGGACUCGGCCACCAAGAAAGGGAACACAGCCCUCCACAUUGCCUCUCUGGCCGGACAGGCCGAGGUGGUGAAGAUACUGGUGAAGCGCGGAGCAGAAAUCAACUCUCAGUCUCAGAAUGGCUUCACCCCUCUGUACAUGGCUGCUCAGGAGAACCACAUGGACGUGGUGCGUUACCUACUGGAGAAUGGAGGUAACCAGAGCACCGCUACAGAGGAUGGCUUCACCCCACUGGCCAUCGCGCUGCAGCAGGGCCACAACCAGGUGGUGUCCGUCCUGCUGGAGAACGACACCAAGGGUAAGGUGCGGCUGCCCGCCCUGCACAUCGCCGCCCGCAAGGACGACACCAAGUCUGCCGCGCUGCUCCUCCAGAAUGACCACAAUGCAGACGUGCAGUCCAAGAUGAUGGUCAAUAGGACUACGGAGAAUGGAAAGAGUGGAUUCACGCCACUUCAUAUUGCUGCCCACUAUGGAAACGUGAACGUGGCCACACUACUGCUAAAUCGUGGGGCGGCUGUGGACUUUACAGCUAGGAAUGGGAUCACGCCCCUCCACGUGGCCUCUAAGCGUGGCAACGCUAACAUGGUGCGCCUCCUACUGGACAGGGGGUCUCAGAUCGACGCUAAGACUAGAGACGGCCUCACACCUCUACACUGCGCGGCCAGGAGUGGACAUGACCCUGCAGUGGAGCUACUGCUGGAGAGAGGAGCACCCAUGCUAGCCAGGACCAAGAACGGUCUGUCUCCUCUCCACAUGUCAGCUCAAGGCGACCAUGUUGAGUGUGUCAAGCACCUGCUGCAGCACAAGGCGCCUGUUGAUGAUGUCACACUGGACUACUUGACGGCGCUGCACGUCGCCGCCCACUGCGGUCACUACAGAGUCACCAAGCUGCUGCUGGACAAGAGGGCAAACCCCAACGCUAGAGCACUGAAUGGUUUCACACCGCUGCACAUUGCCUGUAAGAAGAAUAGAGUGAAGGUGAUGGAGCUGCUGGUCAAGUAUGGAGCUUUUAUCCAGGCCAUCACAGAGUCUGGCCUGACUCCCAUCCACGUAGCAGCCUUCAUGGGUCACCUCAACAUUGUCCUGCUGCUGCUACAGAACGGCGCCUCGCCUGACGUCAGCAACAUUCGUGGGGAGACGGCUCUACACAUGGCAGCCAGGGCAGGACAGGUGGAGGUGGUGCGCUGUCUGCUGAGGAACGGCGCCCUAGUGGACGCCAGAGCCAGGGAGGACCAGACUCCCCUCCACAUCGCGUCUCGCCUGGGGAAGACUGAGAUAGUUCAGCUGCUGCUGCAGCAUAUGGCCCACCCUGACGCCUCCACGACUAAUGGAUACACACCCUUACACAUCUCAGCAAGGGAGGGACAGGUGGACGUGGCUUCAGUGCUGCUAGAGGCAGGCGCCUCACACUCGCUGGCUACCAAGAAAGGAUUCACUCCCCUGCAUGUAGCGUCCAAGUACGGAAGCCUGGAUGUGACCAAACUUCUCCUGCAGAAAAGAGCCCCUCCCGAUUCUGCUGGGAAGAAUGGCCUCACGCCCCUCCAUGUCGCAGCGCAUUACGAUAACCAGAAGGUGGCACUCCUGCUUUUGGACAAAGGGGCCUCCCCCCACGCCACGGCCAAGAAUGGCUACACCCCACUCCAUAUUGCGGCGAAGAAGAACCAGAUGGACAUAGCGGUGGUGCUGCUGCAGUACGGGGCCGAGACCAACAUCCUGACCAAGCAGGGGGUCACCCCUCUACACCUGGCCUCACAGGAGGGACACGCUGACAUGGCCGCCCUGCUCAUGGAGAAGGGGACUCAAGUCAACGUCCCCACCAAGAGUGGCCUCACCUCCCUCCAUCUGGCUGCCCAGGAGGACAAGGUGGCUGUGGGUGAGAUACUGGCUAAACAUGGAGCCAACCUGGACCAGCAAACUAAGUUGGGCUACACUCCUCUGAUCGUAGCGUGUCACUAUGGCAAUGCCAAGAUGGUCAACUUCCUCUUACAGAACGGUGCUAGUGUCAAUGCCAAAACCAAGAAUGGAUACACUCCCCUCCACCAAGCAGCACAGCAAGGAAACACACACAUCAUCAAUCUUCUGCUGCAGAACGGAGCUAAGCCCAACAACAUCACUGUGAAUGGUAACACGGCUCUGGCCAUCGCCCGGCGACUUGGCUACAUCUCGGUGGUGGACACACUCAAGGUUGUCACCGAGGAGAUCAUUACCUCGACAACCACGGUGACAGAGAAACACAAGUUGAACGUCCCUGAGACUAUGACUGAAGUCCUAGAUGUCUCUGAUGAGGAGGGCCUACAUACUGUACCCACAGUGCUGAAAGAGAGUGAGGAUGAUGUUCUGUCCGAUGACUCCAUGGAUUUAGAAGGUGACGACACGAUGACAGGGGACGGAGGGGAGUACUUGAGGGCAGAGGACCUGAGGGAACUGGGAGAUGACUCCUUGCCUGGACAGUACAUGGAUGGGAUGAACUACCUGCGCUUCAGUCUGGAGGGGGGGCGCUCUGACAGUCGAUUGCAAAGUUUGGACAGGUCCUACACUCCCAGUCACCACGGUUACUACUCUCCAAAACACGAAAGCAUGAUAGAGGAGAUGCUCACCAGCCACAACGUGUCGUCUCUUGCCAGGGAAAAGGAAAAGGACUCGUAUCGUCUGAGCUGGGGCACAGAAAAUCUGGACAAUGUGGCACUGUCCUCCAGCCCCAUCCACUCUGGCCAUUCCUCUCCGUGCCAUGAUCAUGGCGACAGCAGCUUCCUGGUUAGCUUCAUGGUGGACGCCAGGGGCGGAGCCAUGCGGGGUUGCCGCCACAACGGCCUGCGCAUCAUUAUCCCGCCGCGGAAGUGCAGCGCGCCCACGCGGGUGACCUGCCGGCUGGUGAAGAGACACCGCCUGGCCACCAUGCCCCCCAUGGUGGAAGGAGAGGGCCUGGCCAGCAGGCUGAUCGAGGUGGGGCCCGUCGGAGCCCAGUUCCUCGGUAAACUGCACCUUCCCACUGCCCCACCCCCUCUUAACGAGGGUGAGAGCCUCGUUAGCCGCAUCCUGCAGCUCGGGCCUCCCGGGACAAAAUUCCUUGGGCCUGUAGUCGUGGAGAUCCCUCACUUCGCUGCCCUGAGGGGGAAGGAGAGGGAGCUGGUGAUCAUGAGGAGUGAGACAGGAGAGAGCUGGAAGGAGCACCACUGUGAACACACCGAGGAGGAGCUCAACCAGAUCCUCAACGGCAUGGACGAGGAGCUGGACCCUCCAGAGGAGCUGGAGAAGAAGCGUAUCUGCCGCAUUAUCACCAGGGACUUCCCCCAGUACUUUGCGGUGGUGUCCCGGGUCAAACAGGACAGUAACCUGAUUGGUCCAGAGGGGGGCAUCCUCAGCAGCACGGUGGUGCCUACGGUCCAGGCGGUCUUCCCAGAGGGAGCCCUCACCAAGAGGAUCAAAGUGGGACUACAGGCUCAGCCAAUGAACGCGGACGUGGUGAAGAAGCUCCUGGGGAACAAGGCUACGUUCAGCCCCAUCGUGACCCUGGAGCCCCGGAGGAGGAAGUUCCAUAAACCCAUAACCAUGACCAUCCCCAUCCCCAAGAGUAACACUGACCCAGUGGUCAACGGCUUCGGAGGGGACCAGCCCACCCUGCGCCUGCUCUGUAGUAUCACAGGUGGAACGACGCCAGCCCAAUGGGAGGACAUUACAGGAACCACGCCCCUAACGUUCAUCAACGACUGUGUCUCCUUCACGACCAACGUGUCGGCCAGGUUCUGGCUGAUAGACUGUCGGCAGGUGCAGGAGUCAGUCAGCUUCUCCACUUCGGUCUACAGGGAGAUCAUCUGUGUUCCCUACAUGGCCAAGUUCGUCAUCUUCGCCAAGACCCACGACCCCAUUGAAGCGCGGCUCCGCUGCUUCUGUAUGACUGACGACAAGAUGGACAAGACCCUGGAGCAACAGGAGAACUUCACAGAGGUGGCCAGGAGCAGAGACGUAGAGGUCCUGGAGGGCAAACCCAUCUAUGCAGACUGCUUUGGCAAUCUGGUCCCUCUCACCAAGAGUGGCCAGCACCAUCUCUUCAGCUUCUUUGCCUUCAAAGAGAACAGGCUGGCACUCUUCAUCAAGAUCCGAGACAACACUCAGGAUCCAUGUGGCCGUCUGUCCUUUAUGAAAGAACCCAGGUCUUAUAGAAGUCUGGCCCACAACGCCAUAUGCAACCUGAACAUCACACUACCAUCCUACUCAAAGGAAUCUGAUUCAGACCAAGAGGCUGAGGAAGAGAUCGGCAGGAAGCUCGAGAAAUAUGAUGAAGACACUACGUCGACGGAGACUACGGUCCGGAAGAGAGAUUUGAUCCGAGAUUCUACGGCUCUGGCCAGUCCGGACCUCCUCUCUGAUGUGUCUGAGAUGAAACAAGACCUGAUAAAAAUGACCGCCAUCCUAACCACGGAUUCUACAGACAAAUCCAGUUCCAUGGAAGGGAGCGGUCUGGAAAAAGGGGCUGAUGAGGUUCAGGGCGAGCCGUUUGAAAUCAUGGAGAAGGUCAAAGAGGAUUUGGAGAAAGUGGGCAAGAUACUUAGGAGCGGAACAUAUGAGGGUGAGGUGGCAAAGGAGGUGGCAAGAGCAGCCAGAAUGAAAGAAGAGUGGGUCCUCCUCUCAGACUGUGAGAUAGAAGAGGCCAAACAUAUGGCUGCCUUAGAACCCCAGGAACCAAUACUACGUGAAGUCAGAGUCAACAGAGGGAUUCCCAGACCUAAAGCAAUCAAAGAUGUGUCUGGGAUGGUCAAACACCUGAGUGGUGAACUCAAAGAAUAUCUCCUGGAUGUACCUGAGGGCACCAGUACAACAGCCCAGGAGAAAGAGGUCCAAGAGAAAUUCACAGAGGUAGUUCUGCGCAAAGGCGCAAAAAUAACUAUGACAACAACAAAAACAACAACAACAACUACAACAACAAAGAAAGACAUCAAAACUCCUGCUUUUGACCUACAGAAGCCAGUCAGGAGGAAAGGAAAGGACCAGCAACAGGUGGAAGAAUCUACCGAUGGGGAUGUUCACCUUAGCGCACCCAAACACCCUCAAGCAGUGUCACCUGUGUCCCCAGUAGUAGAGGAGACCCCCAUUGGAUCCAUAAAAGACAAAGUCAAAGCCCUUCAGCAGAAAGUGGAGGCUGAGCAAAAGGGCCAAAAGCCAACUAGCACCAAACCUUCAAAUGUUGCUGUGGAGAGCAAAAUACCACAAAAGGCAAAAGAAACAUUCCCAAAACAGAGCCCCGCAAAACAGGGCACCGCUAAACAGGGUCCACUUAAGUCCCCCAAAACUGAGUCUGAGAAGCUGGAGGAGACCAUGUCAGUAAGGGAGCUCAUGCGAUCCUUCCAAAAGGGGCAGGACCCCUCAAAGAGAAAGUCUGGACUUUUCGAGCUCAAAACCAUCUCUUCAGAACAUGAAACAACAGAAUCAGAAUCACAGCCCACUCAGUCCAAAUCCACCAUCAAAGCCACGUCAACCUGUUACGAACGGGAAGUGUCACUGGAUGCCAUACCUGGCAAGCACCACAGAGAGAGAGACAAGCAAAUUAACCGACCCCGAAAGCACUCCAAAGAGUUUGGUGCUGAAAUCAAGGCAGAGCUUGAGGACAAUCCAGAGUACCAACAGUUUAGGCAGAUCUCUGUAGAGGGUGGUCCUGCUGCCCAGUCAGACUUAACUGAAACCAUAGAGUUUCCGAAUUCUGCCCUCGAUGAUAGCUCUGAUAGUUUAAAACAUGAGGGCGUGGCAGACUCUCCCAGUGCCAGCCUGGGUGAUUUUAGUCCUCCUCACCUGAGCUCCGAGGAUAGCCUCAAACACCAGGGCUUUGCAACUCCUGGAACAAGCCCUGACAGUCUCUCUCUCUCUCCCAAAAACGCUGACCAGUCCACUAAAAACUCAACAGCUGUUACUAUAGCUGUCGAAGAUGACAAGAAAAGUAAGGAUAAGUCUGGAGACUCCGGUGUGGGGACCAUUGAUGACCAGCCAUCAAAUGAAAUAACCCUCCCUGUCUCUUCCAGCAAGGCUGCAGACGACCACAUCACAAGUGAGUCCAUAUCUUUUCAGAGGGUCGAGUCUAAGUCCUCUAAACCGAGAAAGCUUACAAAGAGAGUUUCUGAGACUUUAGAGAGCUUCCUAAGUGAUGAGGAGAGCCCUGAUGAAAAGCUAGCCUCAGCCUUAUCUGCAACCAUUGCUUCUAGUGCCUCUACCGAGCGUCAAGGAAGUUUAGAACUGCCUUUAAGACAGCAAGACUCGGACGCCCUCAGUCCCUUAGCUGACGACUCUUUGACCAUAAGCCACAGAGACUCUCUAGACGAAGGUAGUCCCCUCAUGGAAGACAACUCUUCCCAUAGGACCCCAGACUCUAUCGAGCCCAGCCCAACCAAGGAAUCCCCUUGCCGUGACUCCUUAGAGAGCAGCCCGGUAGAGCAAAAAAACGUCCCUCCCGCUCAGCCCAGUGGGCCCUCUAGCCACCCAGAGCCCUCCAAAGCUACAGACUACCCCCCAGACGUGUUGCGUAGUAGGCUACUCAGGGACCAGGAGGCUAGUGCCAAUGAUGAUGACAGUAUCGAGCAGACAUUGUCUCAGAUGGAAAGCUCAGGUAAGAGUCCUCUCUCCCCCGACACCCCUAGUUCUGAAGAGGUAAGUUAUGAGGUAAACCCUAAAACCCCCGACCACAUGUUCCUAUCUGUGGUGUCCACACCAGCUGUCAUAAACGAAGACUCAGAGGAAGAUGAUGAUGAGUCAGAAGCACAGAGGAAAUUCACUCCAGAGGAGGAGAUGUUUAAAAUGGCAGCCAAAAUAAAAACCUUUGAGGAAAUGGACCAGGACGCCAGAACCAAAGAGAACUCUCGAAAAUAUAUCAGUGCCUCAGCAGAUGACGAAGCAGGGGACGAUAGCUUCAAAACAGUUGAACUAGAGUCCACAAAUGAGACUGAGCUCACUGGGGCCAAAGAGACCUCAGAGUUAGCUCUUUCUGUUGAAUCCCUUAUUAAAGUACAACCUCCCUCUCCUUUUCCAGCAGGUGUGCAUGAAGGAGUCCAGCACACAAAGGCCAAGAGUGUAGCUACAACAGCAGCAGUGGAGGGAACUCAAUCUGUCUCAGAGCAACAUGUCUCACAAUCAGUUCCUUCACACAAAGACACGGAUGACAAAGACAGUUUAGCUCAAAUCGCUACCAUGUCUUCGAGCUCUGUAGGGGCUGCAAACAUAACCGAUGAGCAGAAGGAGGAAAGCUUGAGGAACUCAAGGGGAAGCAAGGAGGAUGAUGGGGGAGAGAAAGAGGCGGAUGCAGGCAGUCUGCAGACAUCUGUUGUAAAGGCUCCCUGCCAGGUAGAGAGUAAUAUAACUGAUGAAGUGAAAGGAGAUUACAGGGGGCACCCAGGAGCCCCUGAGGCAGAAACGUCCUCGACCAUCAUUAUCGGACAAGCAAGGGAAACGUUCAAACCUGAGAUCUGUAUCUAUGACGACACAGAGGAAGACGAUGAGGAAGAGGAACCUCCCAGAACCAAGUCGAAGGGCAUGACCGCCAGCGAGGAAGCAGACCCCUGGAGCGCCAUGCGUGAGGACGACGAUGCUUUCGCGGCCCGUGUCAAAGAGGAAGAGCAGAAGAUCCUGGGUCUGAUGGUGGACCGGCAUUCCCAGGGGGAAACCCCAGACACCACCCCAGGAAGGAGCCCCACAGAGGAGAGCACACCAACCAGCGAGCCCAAUCCUUUCCUCUUCCAAGAGGGGAAGCUCUUCGAGAUGACCCGGAGUGGAGCUAUUGACAUGACCAAACGGACCUAUGAGGACGAGGGCUUUGCCUUCUUCCAGAUAGGAGAGCAGCCUCUAGAGGAGGUGCUGUCUGAACAGGUCAGAGAAGAGCCAGGAGAUAGAGGAGCCCCAUUAGAAAGUGAAGUGGGUCUCAACCUGACUCUAGAAAAAAAAGUGGAGGAAGAUGAGAAACAAUCAAAAGAUGCUCCAGAGGACGAUCAGACAGGUAGCGGGGCUAUAGCAGCCUCCCCUUCUAAAUCAGACGCCUCUAAAUCUAGAAUCCCUAGAAUGGGUCUUUCCGCCUCAGCUAAGACCACUAAGAAAGACAAAGACUCAGUAUCCCCAGUAUCUCCUGAGGCUUUAGAAGUUAAACCAGAUACAAUUGUAGAGGAGACCCCCCUAGAGGUAGAAAAUAGUUAUUUAGACCCAAUGAUAGCUAAUGUUGAGACAGCAGUAACAACUGUCACUCGAUCGGUGUACCCUGAACAGGACCAAGAGUCCUCUGACUCCUCUCCCGAGGAGCAGCAUUCGGUUAUAGAACUCCCCAAAACCAUGGAAAAGACCAAAACCCCAACUUCUAGUGAAAAAGUGAAAAAUAUCCCAAAUAAAACCCCAGCUAUGGCUCCAGCCAAGGCUGGCCCCCAAAGUCGAGCUACAAUGUAUUCCUCCUCUACAUCCCCCUAUUCAGCUAUUCCUCAAAAAGAGAACCCCUCUACAGAGUCAAAAUCAAGAAUACCUGUCAAAGGCAAGGCUAGCCCUGUCAAGCCUGAGUCAUCAGUUAAACAUACUGAGUCUUCCCGGGACACAAAGCUAAAGUUCCCAGUAAAAAAGGACUUGAGGAGAAAGUCUGAGACAGAUGCAUGUCUCUCUGCAGUUCCCAAAACCAAGACUUCGUCUUCCAAAGCCAAGAGCUUCUGUGAGGGAGACAAGACAUCUGCUAAAAAGGGCCAGGUUCGUCCCAUGAGCGCUGAUUACUCCACCAAGCCUAAGUCAUGCUUCGGCUUCAAAUCCAGGCUGCCAGUUAGAGGAAAGCUUGGUCAGCCAUCCCACACUUCCACCCCCGCGAAAAAGAAAAGCGAGCCACGCAAAAAGUCCAUAGAGUUUGUUAAUGAGAUUAGUGACGAAGCGGCAAAGCUGGUUGAGGGAUUGGCUCAGGUCGAGAAAGACAAAGAGCAUGAGGUUGCCACCGCUGCCAUCUCGGAUGACGAGAGCAGUGGCAUAGACCCCUCCGUCAUAGAGAGAGAGACUUUUCCCGAAAUGCACUUCCCUACUUCUGGAGAUGUCUAUCCCAUUAGACCGCUGUGGGACGACCCUGUAGACACGCAGAUGCAACGAAUUCCCAACGAUACAAUCAGAAGACAAGUAGAUCCCCAGGAUGAAGCUGAGAGGAAAGAGGAACGAUUGGAAAUAAUAGCCGACCACCUGGGCUUCAGUUGGACGGAGCUGGCUCGAGAGCUGGAGUUCAGCGAGGAAAGGAUCAAUCUAAUAAGGAUUGAGAACCCCAACUCGCUACAGGACCAAAGCCAUGCCCUGCUGAAGCUCUGGACUGACAGGGAUGGCAAACAUGCCACAGAAACUACAUUGAUCAAACGACUCACCAAGAUCAACAGGAUGGACAUUGUUCACCUCAUCGAAACCAAGAUAAUCAAGUCCACCCAGGAGGACGCAUCAUCCCACACCUAUGCAGAGAUUGAGAGGACCAUUGCACUGGAUCACAGUGAAGGUUUUUCUGCCCUCCAUGAGGACAUAGACAGUCCCCGGCCAGGCAGGCGUACAGACGGCACCCCCAGUGGGCCAGGGUCCAGGCAGGGGCCCUUCAUGGUGUCAGAGGAGGACCUCUCCUCCAGCAUGUCAUCACUGCACGAGACGUCAGGGCAGGUGGAGACAGACACAUCAGUAACAGGCCUCCUGAGACACGCCCAGAAGGAGAAGCUGGAGAAAGAGCGCGAAACGACACAUUCUGUGGGUGGUACAUCACAGAGUGGAUCAGAGAAGGCUGAGUCACUACAUAUGGGCACUUUUAAGCAAGCGGAUGAUCUGCCAGACAUCCCUCCGCAAACAGUGACAGAGGAACAGUACAUGGAUGAGCAUGGAAACAUGGUAGUCAAGAAGAUCACGCGGAAGGUGAUCCGUAAGUACUUCUCUCCAGACGGCGUGGAGAGAGAGGAGGUGACGGUGGAGGGAUCUCACCAGGAGAUGGUCAGUGUGGAGGAAGGAGACGGCUUCUCCAAGGUAGUGAAGAGGACAGUGGUCCGGAGCGAGGGAGAUCAGACCGAGUUGACCUUUUCGGAGCCCUUGGCCCUGGGGGCCACCACGGCCUCAGACUUCGAGUCAGAGCAGGUGCAGGGCCGAAAGGUCAGCAAGGUGGUCAAGACGACGGUGGUGAGGGGCGAGAGGAUGGAGAAGCAGAUGGGUGACUCAACGCUGGCCGCAGACCUCCCCUCGGCCAAGGAGGACUUUGAGAAGGCGUUGAGUUAUGCUGGAGGCUUUGGAAAAAUCCAACUUCCUCAUUUAGUAGAGAAAGAGGUUGUGAAGGACGACGGUUCUGUGGUCAAAAGAACCCAGAUGCGUAAGUCUCGUACCCAGAAGAGGACUGUGGUGAAGGACGCCCAGGGUAAGCAUGUGCACCUGGAGCGGCUGGACGACACCCCAGAGACCCUGCAACCCGAUGCCCUUCAGCAACACCUGCACCUGCUGCUCCAACGCUAUUGUGCCAAGGAGGAGGAGGAAGGAGAGAAAGAGGAGGAGAAGAGAAAGAAGAAGUGAUGGGCUGAUUUGAUUUGCUGGCUGAGUUGUUCUCCUUCCCUUUUGGCCCUGCCCCCCAUGCUACAUAAGCCCCCUAUCCACAAAAAGCCUAUGAAGUCUUGUAAGCUCACCCCUGGUCUUUACCUUCCGCACAGACAUCUCCUGCUAAAGACACUGGAUUGCGUUUUUGUUUUGUUGUUUUUCCCUUUUGUGGCAAAUAAUGGAACACUUUUUGUUUUUGUUAUUUGUGCUUUCACUUUUUUUUGUCGUUUUCCUUUUGACUUUUCCUGUUUUAUUUGCGCAUUUUGUGACCAAAGAUAGUUCCCCCUUUCUCGUCGGGUUACUUAGAAUAAUAUUUGGUCGUUAUCCUUUUUUUGGGGUUCUUCUAGUUUUUGGCUGCUGUGGUACAAUAAACAACAACACAAACAAAAUGCAACAAAAGGAAAACAAAAACAGAAAACGAAUAAAGAGGGGGCAGCUCUGACAUUCGCCUCAUGCACAGGCAUCUUCCUAAAGGAACGAUUGUAAAACAUUUGUAAAUAAUGGAGAAGAAACAUGCUCGGACUGGGAGAAAACAAAACGAACAGCAAUUCAAAAGCAUUUAUUACAUUUUCCCCACGGUACAUGCUGUACACGUACUUGCACCAAUUAAAAAGGCUCUUCUGUUCUGAGGUGAAGGGUCAUAACAAAGUUGACCCUUUUCGCCCCACUAGGAGUCACUUGUCACAAAGAGUUUUGGAAAGAUACUGUAAAAAGGGAGGAUAUUCCAUACUCUUUCAUCAAGGACAAUAUGUGAUCUGAACCAACAUUUUACUGAAGCAAAUCACCCUCAUAUAACCCUGCACUACAGUUCUGUAGUGCUGCGCGAUUAAACGAAAUGUUGGUUAUUUUUUGUUUUUUAAACAACUAUUUGACUGUCGGUUCAAUUAUUUGAAUUCCAUUUAGUUUGGGUUUUGUCUGAGCUCAGUGUGCACAUUGCGCUGUAAUUUCUCUUGCAAUAAAUCAGAUCAUGCCUGAACUGUGCGAUGUAGUAGGGAGUUGUAGUUUCCAACAGGCCAAUGGUCUAUAUAGUUGCGCAACAAAAACGUGAUAAUUAACUACAAUGACCAUAAUCCAUUGCACGGCUACUUGCCCGUUCUUCCGCGAUCAACAAGGGAUACACAGAGAGCAGUUUCUUCACAAGGUAUCUCUACCUGAAAAUACCCGAUGUAAGUGAUUAAUACAGUAGUUGGUAUUCAGCAGUCAUUAAAGUAUGCCUUAUUUACGAUGAAGAACUACUAAAAUAGUGAUUUUGUCAGAGAGAGAGAGAGAGAGAGAGAUGAUGGCUUGGAAUGAAAUAAUAAAGUCAUCAAAUAAAACAAAUGUAAUAUACACAACAAGUGAAAUAGUUUAUUAAAGCGGCAAUCAGCAGUAGAAACAAUAACAAAGUGAGUCCUCCCUCAACCCUGUUUUGGUAAGAAGCUGAGGGCUGGAGAAAUCAAACCUCUCUCAAAUGAACCCUCAACCCUGUUUUGGUAAGAAGCUGAGGGCUGGAGAAAUCAAACCUCUCUCAAAUGAACCCUCAACCCUGUUUUGGUAAGAAGCUGAGGGCUGGAGAAAUCAAACCUCUCUCAAAUGAACCCUCAACCCUGUUUUGGUAAGAAGCUGAGGGCUGGAGAAAUCAAACCUCUCUCAAAUGAACCCUCAACCCUGUUUUGGUAAGAAGCUGAGGGAUGGGGCUGGAGAAAUCAAACCUCUCUCAAAUGAACCCUCAACCCUGUUUUGGUAAGAAGCUGAGGGCUGGAGAAAUCAAACCUCUCUCAAAUGAACCCUCAACCCUGUUUUGGUAAGAAGCUGAGGGAUGGGGCUGGAGAAAUCAAAUCUCUCUCAAAUGAACCCUCAACCCUGUUUUGGUAAGAAGCUGAGGGAUGGGGCUGGAGAAAUCAAACCUCUCUCAAAUGCAUAGACACAAUUAUGGAUUCAAUGACUGACCAUCCAUGAUAUAAACAUUUUUUAACCAUGUUUUGAGGCUAUAUAGUGUUUGUUUAAAUGUACAUUGUAUACAAACAUUGGAGUAAAACAAGCUUAUAUUUUGGGUCCUGAUAAGGUACGACAGUUUAACUAAGCUCAUGAGGCAGUUAUAUUUUUCAAGAAUCAAUGGGUACAUAUCAUUAAUUUAUAAGUCCAAAAAUGAACGUAGGAACUGCUGAUUGCCCCUCUAAAAUAAAGUAACCUGAGUAAAUGAUGGUUAAUAAGUGAUAAGCUGCUGAUUGCCCCUUUAAAAUAAAGUAACCUGAGUAAAUGAUGGUUAAUAAGUGAUAAGCUGUAAUGGGCCGUCACUACCAUCAUGGGACAUUUUUAAAGGGUUUUAUUCUGUGUUGUUACAGCAUUCAAACCACGUAAUGCAUAGUGCAUUUAAUGUUUAAAGAUUUUAAUUGAUAAUCGAACCAAAACGACCUCAAAAUGCAAUAAUCGCUCAGCACUACAGUUCUGUUUACAAAGUUAGCUCAAGCUGGUUACGUGUGUGAUGUGUCGUUUUUUUGACAGGCCCUUUGAGCACACACUUUCAGCCCCCACUCCCAUGUACUGUAAUUGUGUAUCUUUUCCUUCACACUAUAUCUCCCUGUCUAUCCCUCUCUGUUUCUGGCUAUCUAACGUGUGCUGUGUAUUCACACUUCCUUCUGAGCAGUGCAUCAGACUGCUGCCACCUCUGUGCGUGUGAAUGCAUGCGAGUGUGUGUUAGUUCAUAGAAUCCUCACUGACAUUGCGACCUGCCCAUUUGCGAUCCGGAAUGUUCUCGUUUCUUGUCUUUCAUGUAUGAGCACUUAUCUGAAAUUACUGCACCUAUGGGUCAGAACACUAGGUAUGUCCCCCCCCAAGCUUCAAUCGUGUUUGACAUCUCACCCCCUGUUCAUUUUAUCCCCGUGGUACAUUACUCAGGUGAAUGUCUACAAUAGCUUUGAUUAAGCCUGUUAAGAUUGAGGAUGGGGACAGAGAGAAACACCACAGAGACAGUGUGGUGUAGUUUGUUUUGUUUUAUUUGCUGUUGAUUUGAUUUCUUCUGUUGGUAUCAAAUGGUAUCAAAUAAAUGGUGAUAAUCUCAAAAGAUUGGCACAUCUUGUUUUUGACAGAUUAUUUUUGGUCUGAUCUGCUUCCUGUUUACCUGUGAUGGUACCGUGGAGAUGGAAUAUCCUUUAUGUAAAAAAAAAAAAACAUUGGCUUUAAUUUUGAUCAGUAGAUAAACCCGAUAGAUAUGCUCUAAAUAUUGCUAGAGCCUUUUCGCAUGCAUUAUUUCCCACUCAGUGGAGUUUUCCUUAUUUAAUCUUGUCUGAGGGCAGCUAUGUGAUUGGUUGGAAGGCCUGGGGGAAGAGCUUGUGACAGGCGAGCGUCAAGUAAGAAAAGUUAGGGAGGUAAGUCGGCAGAUGGAUAGAUGGACGAACGUUAAACGCGGGUUGCGACACUCAAGGUCCCUGGUUUGAAUCCCCAUGCCUUGUUUUCUAACCUUACAUUCGAAAGUUUCUAACCUUCAUUUCGAAACUAACUUUCGUAUUUUACUUUCUAAUGUUAACUUCACAUUUCUUGCCUAAUAAUGUAUUUUCACUGGUUAGAUUGAGGGUUGGUGCCUUGGCGGCAGAGGAUGUAAAAGCCUAAACUUACUGCCCCCAGAAAAAGAUCCACUGUAAAAUAACACCCAUGCAAUAUCAAUAUGAAUUUGGCCCCCACAGACUGAUCAGUUUUCUGGAGAUUACAUCUUUGUGUGUUUUCAUUUUGAUUUAUAUAUUUAUUUAUUGACUUCCAUCCGUGCUCUUCCUCUCCUCAACUGUGUGGAGCCAUGAGUGUUUUAUGUGUGUGUUGGUGUGAGUGCGAUUUGAAGAUGUGAGUUGAGGUAAAACAAGGGAAUUGCAAUUUCAACUCUGACCGAUAAAUUGCCGUUGUACACAAGGCUUCACUUAAAUUCUGAAAUGCUCUGGAAACCAUGACUGAAACAAAUACAGAAACCAAAACAGAACAGACAUGGAUGUACUGUAAUCCUGGGCUGGCUGAAAUCAUUGUUGGUGUCAUUUGCAGUACAAACUAUAUCUAUGUAACAAUAUUACAGUUCCUCACUUUGUCAAUUUACUUUGUGUGAGGAAAAAGUGAGAAAUAAAUUAAACAAAAGAAAUCUGUCAAACGUACAUUUGAUUAGAUGAAUCCGCAUCUUGUUUCCAUGGUGAUACUAUUAUACAUAUAUAUAAAUAUCUAUGAGGGCAUGUAUUAGUUAUGAAAUUAAUAAACAGGAAGGAAAAAAAACAGAAUUGCUAACAUGGCAUAGCAGCUACAGUCUGUACGUGGCAGAAAAUAAAAUUGUACAAGUGUCAAAUGUG